GUACGCAGAAAGUAGAAGAAGAAGAAAAGGGGGCGGGAACCACAAGCAUCAGGUUAGCAUAUACAAGAGCAUAUCAUAUUUCCGACACGUUAGUGGGGUUCAUUCUUUAUGUUAUUAUUUUACAAAAAUAUUUUUUCGUCCUUUUUUAAGCAGAUAAGAGAAGUAGCAUACCAAACAUUCACUUACUACGGUCGUUUUAGAAUUAACCCUGCCGUGUGCCGCCGUGAUUGAAUAAUAGCAACAAAGCUAACUUCAUUGGUGUUACCAUCGCUUGACAGAAAUAAAAACAAAAUAACACUUUUUUUGUUAGUUAUUCAAGUUAUUGGCGUUGCCUUGGUCUGUCACCGAAGAUGUAUCGACCGAAACCGAGUUUAAAAGACAGGCAGCAUCUGUACAGGCUGAUCAUAAGCCAACUGCUGCACGAUGGCUACACCAACGUCGCAAACAGUCUCAUCAAUGAAGUCAAGCCACAAAGUGUGGUGUCACCAUCCGAGCAGCUCAUGCAGCUGACUAAAAUUGGGAUGGAGAACGAUGACAGCGCUGUUCAGUACGCCAUUGGGCGCUCGGACACAGUGGCACCAGGCGUGGGAAUUGAUCUGGAAUUCGAUGCAGAUGUGCAGACCAUGUCUCCAGAGGCGUCCGAGUACGAGACGUGCUACGUGACCUCCCAUAAAGGACCUUGUCGGGUUGCAACAUACAGUCGUGACGGCCAGCUGAUUGCCACCGGCUCUGCUGAUGCUUCCAUAAAGAUACUAGACACGGAGCGCAUGCUGGCCAAAAGUGCCAUGCCCAUUGAGGUUAUGAUGAAUGAGACUGCUCAGCAGAACAUGGAAAAUCACCCGGUGAUCCGAACGCUCUACGACCACGUGGACGAGGUCACCUGCCUGGCCUUCCAUCCCACCGAGCAGAUCCUUGCUUCUGGCUCAAGAGAUUACACCCUCAAACUCUUUGACUACUCCAAGCCCUCUGCAAAAAGAGCAUUUAAAUAUGUACAGGAAGCAGAAAUGCUGCGUUCCAUCUCUUUCCAUCCAUCUGGAGACUUCCUGCUGGUGGGAACUCAGCACCCGACCCUCCGUUUGUACGACGUCAACACCUUCCAGUGUUUUGUGUCAUGUAAUCCCCUGGACCAGCACACGGACACCAUCAGUGGCGUCAGCUACAACCCCACAGCCAACAGCUACGUCAGCUGCAGCAAGGAUGGCAGCAUCAAACUGUGGGACGGCGUCUCCAACCGCUGCGUGAGCACCUACGACAAGGCCCACGACGGAGCAGAGGUCUGCUCGGCCAUCUUCACCAAGAACUCCAAGUACAUCCUUUCCAGCGGGAAGGACUCCGUGGUCAAACUGUGGGAAAUCUCCACAGGCCGAACAUUGGUCAAAUACACAGGUGCCGGUCUCAGUGGUCGUCAGAUGCAUCGCACACAGGGUGUGUUCAACCACACGGAAGAUUACGUCCUCCUGCCUGACGAGCGCACAAUUAGCCUGUGCUGCUGGGACUCGCGUACUGCCGAGAGGAAGAACCUUUUGUCUUUGGGUCAUAACAACAUCGUCCGCUGCAUUGUCCACUCGCCCACCAAUCCUGGUUUCAUGACCUGCAGCGAUGACUUCAGGGCUCGCUUCUGGUACCGACGUACCACCACAGAUUGAUGUCCUCCCCUCACAGCAAAAUCUUUUUCACGUAGAACACGAGUGGCCAAAAUGUGGCCUGCAACAUGUUUUUCAUUGGUGUAAAAAUACAUUUCAACAAGAAAACUACAGCAAAAUGGCAUAGCGAAUCAAAAAUGUUUGGACUCUUCUGCUGCCUUUUCUGACAAUAUUUCACUUCAACCUGACAGGCUGGCAUUCAUUGAUGAUUACUGCCUUGCUUUUUUCCUGAUAUGUUUAACAUUUUCACUCCUACACCCUGUUUGUUUAAAUAAAACAACUUUUUCACUGU